GAGUCGCAAUUCCCAUCCUACCCCUCUCAGGCUCUCACCACCCCUACUACGCGUAAUCCCAUUUUUACCCUUCCCCUCCUCCGCUCCCCUUCCAUGGCUUCCACCUCCGCCUCCCCGCCCCCCGCUUCCUCCUCCCAACCAAACCCUAACCCUAGCACCGACGCGGAUCCCCGAUCUGAUCCCCCCAUGCCCGACGCCAGCGACGGCGCUCAUCCCGCUUCGCCGGAGAAGCGGGAGGAGGAGGAAGCGGAGGAGGCGCCGCCCGGGAACGCGAAGCCGGCGGCGGCGGAGGAGCAGCCGACCCCGCGGAAGACGCGCCUGCCGCGCGCGUGCAACAACAAGCCCAGGCCCCCGCCGCCACCGCCACCGGAGCGGCCGCGCCGGCGCGCCGCGGCGGGCGCCGGCGCCGGCGCGGACGAGACGCCGCAAUGCCGCGUCGUCACGCCGCUCGUGUCGGAGCCCGAGGCGCCCGCGGAGCUGCCGCGCUGGCGGCUCCGCUGCAUGUGGGAGCUCGCCUCCGUCCUCAACUUCCUCCACGUGUUCCGGCCUCUGCUGAACGUCACUGCUGAGUUCACGGCGGAGGACCUCGAGGCGGCGCUUAUCACUCCCAACAGUACUCUAGACGAUGUGCACAUGCCGCUGCUAAAGUCGAUUCCUCCAAUAACUCGCAUGGCUAUGGGGCGUGGAACCUGGGUGACCGUCCUAUGUAGAAAGCUAAGGGAUUGGUGGCAUUGGGUUGCAGAAGGUGAUCUGCCAAUAGUUGCAUCCCAUGGAACUGAAAUUGAAACAUAUAAAACACUAGAGCCGGCGACUCGUUUAGUGAUCUUGAAAGCGAUAUGUGAUAUUCGUGUUGAGCAAGAGGAUAUUCGGAACUUCAUUGACAGUUCCCUUAAGCAUGGAUAUGACCUUUCUACCUUCCGUAAAGAACGGGUUGGGGGAGAUUCCCUUGGAAUCUCAUACUGGUAUGAAGAUGAUGAGAUUCUUGGACAUAGAUUGUCUCGUGAAAUUAGACGAGUGGAACAGGUCAAGAAGGAGCCAGGAAAGAGAUCCAGGGGAAAAGGAUCUUCAACGCCUCCAGUUGUGUCCUAUCAGUGGGAAACUGUUGCAUCAAACUUUGAUGAGUUUGAUGAUGUCGCGGAAAAACUCUUCUCAAGUCGGAACAGGACAGAGGUCUCCCUUGGAAAGAAGCUGAAGAUCGAGUAUCUUCCAGAGAUAGAAAAGAUCCAUAAAAAGAAGGAGAAGUUGCUCAAAAAACAACAGAGAGAAGCGCUCCUCAUUGAUAGCUACUUGACAUCAGAUGGACUUACCACCGGCCGCUCUCUCCGUGAUAGAAAACCUGUAACAUAUACAUUUGACGACUAUGAUCGCUCAAUAAAUGAAGCCAUUAAAAUAACGAAGAAAAGAGAGGAGAACUCAGCUGAGCCUGUUGGUAAUACUGCUAAUAGGAGGGUGCUUAUGCCAAGAUUGGAGGCACCAAGCAAUGGAAAGUUAAAUGGCCCUUCACCGAGUGCCAACGAAUCAUAUGACGGAAAUUCUUUUAAGUCAGAUGACUACCGAGAUAGUGAUGGUGAACAAGAAAAUGAAGCACUUGAUCGCAGCAAUCGGCGGAGGAAAAGAUCUCAGAGAUAUACAGAAGACUUUGUUGAGGCUGUCUCGGAUAUUGAUCCAAACUUUGACAGCGACGAUGAUAUCAUGGGAGAGGCAGUGUAUGAUGAGGAAUACUUGAGAAGUCGCAAACAGCAGAAGGCAUCAAGCGCUUCUGAAGAGGAUGAAGAGUUCCGGUUGGAAGAAGAUGCAGAAGAUGAUGAAGAGGAAGAUGAAUAUUCGUUGAGUACCAGCGAAGAUAUAGAGGAGCCCCAGCGGCAUAAAAAACUGGAAACUCGCGGCCGGCGAGGGACCAAGCUGAGAUCUGUUGAUGAAAUCCAGACAAGUCUCAGACGCAGCAAGCGUUCUUCUCGUCCACGUAUUAACUAUCAACAAUAUGAUUUUUCAGACACAGAUACUGAACCAGGAAAGGCAAGGAAAUCUGAUGCCUCAGAUCCUGAUGCUGGCUCCGAUGCAGAGAAUGGUAUGGAACUCUCAACCUCGAGUCAAGAGCAAGAGGAAGAAGAGGAAGAUAGUCCUGAUGAACAAAAUGGUAAUAAUGCCAGUAAUAAAAUGGAGGAGGACCAUGCAGUGACAGAAAAUAAAGUGCAACAAGAUGAGGAGCAACAGCCACAACAGCAGCCUGUAGAGAAGAUGGACGCACCCAACAGGGAAAGUAAAAGUGUAGGGAGAACCUUCCUAGAUCUAAAUGAGCUUGCACCUGGAGGUGGCUUUGAUGAUGGACCAAGCCUGACCGUGAAAGAUGACAUGGAUAACAGUUAGGAUAAGUUUUGUGAUACAUUUGAGUGGUAGUGGUUGGUAUUCCGACUUCGGAGCAAGGUGUAAAUGUAUGAGUGGACCAUUAGGACAGAUCAAUGGGCCUGUGAUGAAUGAUGUGACUAUAUUUUGGUGGUUCAAACUGAUGGCUGCUGCAUUGAUUUACAGUGACAGGGGAGUCGAGGUUCCACUGGACUCGGGACGAGCUUCUUCAAAUGUUAUCUGAGUGCUAUUUCGUACUUGGAGGCCAAGAUGAGGUAGUUUUGUAUUUGAUUAUGUACACUACAUGAAGGGCGCAUAUCAAUCGCUGCUGUAUUAUGGCCAGACUGAUUGAUGCUGUGUUGCGGCCAGUUCUGUAGGACAUAAAUUUACUGCCUCCAUUUAUUUAGUUUUAGGGGUGAUGUUAAUGGGAAUUCUUGCAGUAUUUUCUAUGGAGGAUACCUGCACACCUGAGUGAUCUCUCGGCAUUUGCAAACUCUUUUCCACAUGUAGAGUCUAAACAGGAUCAGUAGAUCUGUAUCUAUAUCUGACAAUCUGAUUUGUUUGGUCACCUGUGUAGCUGACAUUGAGCUGUCCUACUUCGAUGCACCGGCAGAGUUGUAAUAUUGUUGGAAUUUGAUGUUCAUUCAUCCUAGAUGCGAAGGGUAGUGCAUGCAUUUGACUAAUGUUGUAGCCCUCGGUUGUAUCCAUUGCAGUGAGUGGCUAUUAUGGCUUCUAGAUCUGAUGUUGUAUCCUGGUGAUUGCUAUAUGGCUUCAAAAUUUUAGAUUUGCCCUUUUUGCAAAAUUAUUGAACAGUAACUUAGGUGUUCAUUCAGCUUUGCUGCGCUGCAAGAUCAUGUAAAAUGUUUGGACAUAUAAGGUUCAUCUGAGUACUGUAUAAUCCCUCGUGCAAUAUUUGGUCGUGUCCACAGCCACAGCCUCCAACGACUCAAUUUAUGGCUGUAUAUUUGUUGCAAGAUUUUCUCUACAUUGAAUAUUAUUAUUUGUUUUUCCUUUCUCGGUUCAAAUCUUUAUAUUGUGAA